AUGCGCUUCUCAAUUCUCGCCAACGCAGCCUUUGCCAGCUCGGCACUGGCAAUCCCCUCACUCGCCUCGGCCAUUGCUCCCCGUCAAGAGAGUGCCUGCCUAACCAGGGCCGAAGCAAAAGACAUCGUGGACAUCUACGUCCAGCUGAUCGCCAACUACACGGACGAGGUUUGCGCCAAGUACUGCGCCUCGGACUUUGUCGACCGGUCCGACAGCAUCAACACCUUCAUCUUCACACCCCUCGGGGAGCCAACCUUUGCGACCAAGGAGAUCUUCAUGGCGGCGCAGAACGCGAACCCGCCCUUCCCCGUCGUCGUCGACAGCAUCGAUGCCGUCGACUGCGAAGCCGUCGCACUCCGCUGGCACGCUACCUUCGGCGCUGCCAACCUCCCCAGCAAGGGCAUCACCAUCAUCGGCACUACCAAGCGUGAGGGAUAUGCGCAGAUCAAGAGCCUCGAUCUCGAGUUUAACAGCUUGAUCUGGCUCCUCAACAUGGGUGGCAACUACACCUGGGAGGGUUAG